AUGUCUAUGGAGAAGAAACAUCUUAGCAUCAACUCUUUGAGUUAUCAUUCCACAGAAGACGAAGAAAGCAAAGAAGACAACAAUUGCAAGAACAGUCUCCUCUUCGGAUUGUUUGAUGAUUCUGAAUCAACGAGACUAAGAAGUGGGAGCAUGAAGAGACAAUACAGCGACAUUGGAGAUCUCUACCACAAACUUUUUAAAGAACAUCAUGAUGAUCUUGAUGACGAGGGUUCGAGGAUGGACAUGAGAGUCUUGACAGUAGUUGAGUAUAUGAGAGAGCUUUACGUUGAACAACUUCAACUGCUUAAGAAGAUGUUUCCAGGUGGAGCAAAAGACAAGUUUCUUGGGUUCUUCAACAAAAUCGGAGACGCUGUGUCCCAAUUCAAACAAGAUUCUCGUCCUCCUCCUACAAAGUCAAUGACUAUGCAGAGGAGUCUCAGCGCUGGCUCGCCACGAGUCACCUUGAGAGGUCUCAAUCUUGGCCCAGCAGACUUGAGGGAUGAAAGGUUUAAAGUUACUACGAUUGACCCAGGAGGUGGUGGAGCUGGGGGAGGAGGUAAAGGUGGCUCGGCAGCUGGUCAAGGCCAGACCAAGAAGUAGUCAGGAUUCGUGACAUGUGGCUAUGGAUGAACAAAUCUUAUGACAUCUCAGGGUGUUGCAUUACACGGAACGUUACAUUUUGCUAAAUGGAAUGAUAUGUGAUGCGUGUUUUAUAAGUUUGAGUUCAAUUUAAAAGACUUUUGAGUCUUGGUGAUUUUUAGUUAUAUAUGUUACUAGCAUUUAAACUCAAUGCUAAGAACAAUCAAUUCAUCAAGUAAAUCACCA